GUAAUGGGCCUGGUAUUGGGCCCGGAUUGAGCAACCCAUGUGUCUAGUUUCGUAAUUAUAAUAUCUGGGAUCUAUGUAAGUAUGUUAACAGAUUCCGUUGGCGUUUCUGUUUGUGGUUGUCAAAUAGAUAUGGCAGUUUCAGUUUCAGUGUUUGUUGGAGGAGGUUGGAGGUUUAUGUGUCGUCCCAUGUUUCAGAGGGUUAACCAACCAAACACACCCUUGUUCCUUCAAAACCAAAUGUCAAUUCGCUUAAACACUACAAGUACAACGAGGUGGUGGUCUUGUGUUGUUCCUCGAGCUCAGGAUCCCAAAACACAAGAUCAAAACUCCAACACCUCUUAUACCUCUUCUCAAGAGGAUUUAGCGUAUGUGGCAAAACUAGUUGUGGGUUCUUUUGCGGGUGCGGCAGCAAUCAAGUAUGGCAGCGCUAUUUUCCCUGAGAUAACCACACCCAACCUUGUGCUGGCUCUCGUUUUCAUCUUAACUCCUGUGCUUGUUGCUGUUUUACUUUUGAUCAAGGAAAGUAGCCAAAAGCCAUAGACACACAUUAUUUAUUUAUAAAUCAAAAUACUAUAUAAUACCCUUUGUUUGUUAUACUGCAUCUGCAUUAUUUCUGAGAGCCUAUAGUAGAUAUCACCAUAUUUUCAAAAAAUAAAUAAAAAAAAUCAAGUAUCAGCACCUUUAUUAUCGAUCUCUGUCAAUUGUAAUA